AUGUCCAACUUUGAGCCAAACGCUGUGAUCCGCGGCUUCCAGCUCACGGUGGUAGGAACCGUCCGUGCAUUAACGAACCCUGAACUCUUCAAAUAUGAUCAUUUCCGUCAAGCAGCUCUUGCCAUAGCUGUUGGCAUCGUCAUCCAGUUGAUUAUCCAGAUUCCGAUUCUGAGUGUCAAGUUCUCUAUAUGGCUACUUUCAUGGGUGGUCAAUAUGGAGGAUGCUCUCUGGGAUGACAAGCUCUUGAAUGGUUUGGAGUUCAUGUCCAAGUCAGUUCUCCAGGUGCCAUUCAUGCUGAUGACUCUGAUGAGAUAUGUCACGCCGACGCUGGAUGAAAUCUUCAUGCAGUCUAUCCAAUGGGUGGACAUGACUUACAUUCAGAAGCACAAGAAAGAGGACCCCAACCAGCUUCGAGCGAUGUACUAUCCCCACCUUAAGAUGUACUCCAACAAGGGUGGUACCAGUGGCUCUCGCCCAAUCCCUGAGGCUCUCAUGGCGUUCUUCCAUCGUUACGCAAAGAAGAUCGGCAUGAUGCUUGGGCUCUAUCUGCUUUCCAUGGUUGUCAUCAUUGGUAGAUUUGUGAUGCCUGCAGCGAGUUUCUACACCUUCCGAAACCAUGUGGGCAGUACCCCAGCUGCUGCCAUAUUUGGAGCGGGUCUUUUCCUCCCCAAAUCAUACCUCGUGACCUUCCUUCAUACCUACUUCUCUUCCCGCAGUCUGAUGCGCGAACUUCUCGAGCCCUACUUCUCGCGCGUCAAGUUCACGCCCGAGCAAAAGCGCCGAUGGUUCCGGGACCGCGAAGGCGUCCUCUUUGGCUUUGCCUUUGCCUUCACGGCUGUUAUGCGCCUUCCUUACAUCGGUGUUCUCAUGUAUGGGAUUGCACAAGCAUCUACGGCAUACCUCGUUACCAAGAUCACUGACCCCCCUCCACCCCCGGCUGAAAGCGAGGGCUUCGCCGAGAGCCAAGUCACUUGGGCUAACAAGCAUGACUUCCUACAAUUGUCUCUUGACAACCUUGAUAAAUUCAACGUUGAAAAAGGCCGGUCUAGCACUGACUCGGGUGCCCCUGAGAAGAAAUUCUCUUGA